AUGAGAUUCCAUUUCGUAGACACCAAGCAUACUGACGACGCGGUCGUCAGGAGGCAGAUUCGGAGUCAUGUUGCCAAGGGCCGCAAUGCCGGGAAGAAGCUGAACCGACCCUCCAGGACGAACUAUCAGCGUGGAACAGGGUCGAGUACGGAGUCUGUCCAGGGAGAUGGCAGUGCGAGACUGCCGAUUCUUACGCUGGUACCGCUUUCGUUUCUACCCACGCACUGGAAGAAAGUGCAGAAGCCUGGGUCCGAGGGCCUUGCGCUUAUCCAGAGAGCGAUCCUUUUUAUUAGCGGCCUACGUUCUUUCCCAGUGCUAGAUGCCGCACUGGACUACCGGGAGGAACUCGGCUACUUGUGGGUUCAGCCCAUGUUUCUCGAUGAAGCUUACUUCCACGGAGCAAUGGCACUAUUUAUUGCCGGGCUUGACUCUCCCACCGACGAAGAAAAGGUUACCGCACAAGCCCGACAUAUAUGCUGGGCUCUCCGAAUGGUCAAUGCCCGGCUCUCCGGACCAAACGCAGCCGCUGAGGAGAAUAUCACCGUAAUCCUGACGCUGGGCAUGUAUGAGCGGUACGACGGGAACUACCGGCAUGGUCUCGUGCACCUCGACGGACUACGACGCAUCGUGGAGAUGCGCGGUGGCGUCGCCGAGCUCGCGAGGACUUCGCCUUUGCUGACAGUGGGAAUGUUCAGGUAA